CUCUCCCUUCCUCUGUCUCUGUCUCCCCGCUCCCUUCUUCCUCUGUCUCUUCACUCUCCCGUUUCUCUUCCUGUCCCCUUCUCGCUUCUCUCUCUCAUUCCUUCCUCCCUCUUUCCUCUCUUUUUCAUCGGUCUCUUCCCUCUCUCCUCCCUCUGCUUCCUCUCUCUUUCCUCUCCCUUCUUCCUCUUCUCUCUGGCUCUGUUCUGUCUCUCUCCCCUUUCCCGUCUCCCUCCUUCCUUUCUCCCUCUUUUCUGUCACUGUCUGUCUCUCACACGUGAGAACUGACUGAUAAAGAGCAAGGACAGAAACUCACAAGGGGGGCCAGAGACAGAGAAAAGGAGAGAGAGAAACAGAAAAGAAUCCGAGAGACGCGCACAGAGACCGGGAAGGUUAAAAGGAGCUGGAGAGAAGGGAGCUCCAGGAGGACGGAGGCGGAGGCAGGGCCCGUAAAAGCUAGAGCGCUCGGAGGGGUGUCCGCGGGGGGCGAGGCCACCCCGACAUGGAGAACGGGGACCACGGGACCCUGGAGGACGGGGACUUGGAGGAGGACACCGCAUUGGCCCUUCAGCGUCUGGUUGACCUCACAGCCAGAAGGGUGACUCCUGUUCGGAGCCUGAGGUCCUGCUACCGACUGGUCCGGGAGUUGGGCGCCGGCACCUACGGCCGUGUCCUCCUGGCCCGGCCCCGUCGAGGGGGUCCCCCCGUCGCCCUGAAGCUGCUCCCACGGGCCUCCGCGUCCCGGGCCACGUUCCUCCGGGAGUUCUGCGUGGGCCGCUGCGUCUCCUCGCACCCGGGGCUGCUCGGCACCCUGGCCCCCCCGCUGCAGAGCCCCCGCCACUACGCCUUUGCCCAGGAGCUGGCGCCGUGCGGCGAUCUCAGCGCAAUGUUGGAGGAGAGGGGCCUCCCCGAGCUGCAGCUGAAGCGGGUGGGGGUCCAGCUGGCCGGAGCCCUGGACUUCCUGCACUCCCGGGGCCUGGUCCACGCCGACGUCAAGCCCGACAACGUCCUGGUCUUCGACAGAGCCUGCCGCCGGGUGGCCCUGGGGGACUUCGGGCUGACCCGGCCGGAGGGCUGCCCCGCGCCCGCGCCGCCCGGGCCCCUGCCCUCGGCGCCCCCCGAGCUCUGCCUCCUGCGGCCCCCGGCCGCCCUGGCCCUGCGGCCCGAGCUGGACUCCUGGGGGCUGGGGGUCCUCCUCUUCUGCGCCGCCACGGCCGCCUUCCCCUGGGCCGUGGCCCUGGCUCCCGACCCCGGGUUCGAGACCUUCGCGGCCUGGCAGACGGCCCGUCCCCAGCCGGCCCUGCCGCCCCAGCCCUGGGCCCGGUUCUCGGCCGCGGCUCAGACCCUCCUGCGGGGGCUGCUGGCCCUCGAGCCCGAGAAGAGGAGCCCGCCCACAGCUGUGCUGGACUGGGUUGGGGAGGCCUGGGUGGUCCAGCUCCAGGGACUCCCUGGCCAGGUGGUGAGGCAGGUGGCCUGGGCCCCUGCCAGGUUCCCCCCUCAGGCCCCCCCACAGUCAGGAGCCACCUGGACUGAGGAGACAGCUGGUGUGAGGGGGAGGGGGGAGGCGGCCUUUCUCACCUCCUCCAGAGGGCCGGGUCCUUGUCCCUUUGGGGGGUGGCUCCCUUGGCCCUUUGGGGGGGCGGCUCCCUUGCCCCUUUGGGGGGAGGCUCCCUUGCCCCUGUCACUCUUGGGGAGCGGCUCCCUUGCCCCUUUGGGGGGGCGGCUCCCUUGCCCCUGUCACUCUUGGGGGGUGGCUCUCUUGCCCCUUUGGGGGGGCGGCUCCCUUGCCCUUUUGGGGGGUGGCUCCCUUGCCCCUGUCACUGUUGGGGGGCGGCUCCCUUGCCCCUUUGGGGGGGCGGCUCCCUUGGCCCUUUGGGGGGGCGGCUCCCUUGCCCCUGUCACUGUUGGGGGGCGGCUCCCUUGCCCCUUUGGGGGGAGGCUCCCUUGCCCCUUUUGGGGGGAGGCUCCCUUGCCCCUGUCACUCUUGGGGGGCGGCUCCCUUGCCCCUUUGGGGGGAGGCUCCCUUGCCCCUUUGGGGGGAGGCUCCCUUGCCCCUGUCACUCUUGGGGGGCGGCUCCCUUGCCCCUUUGGGGGGAGGCUCCCUUGCCCCUUUGGGGGGAGGCUCCCUUGCCCCUGUCACUCUUGGGGGGCGGCUCCCUUGCCCCUUUGGGGGGGCGGCUCCCUUGCCCCUUUGGGGGGAGGCUCCCUUGCCCCUGUCACUCUUGGGGGGUGGCUCCCUUGGCCCUUUGGGGGGGCGGCUCCCUUGGCCCUUUGGGGGGCGGCUCCCUUGCCCCUGUCACUCUUGGGGGGCGGCUCCCUUGCCCCUUUGGGGGGAGGCUCCCUUGCCCCUGUCACUCUUGGGGGGCGGCUCCCUUGCCCCUUUGGGGGGCGGCUCCCUUGCCCCUUUGGGGGCCCCAGUGAUUCACUGCAGGCGGGCAGAUGCCCUGGCUGGCAUCCCGGGAGGGGCAGCUGGGGUUGGAGCCGCCUCUGUGGGCCCCCUCCCCGAGCACAGCCUCCCUCAGCCACUGCCUCAGGGCCACACGGGGCCCAGGGGAAGGACGGAGGCUCUCAGGGCUCUUAACCACUUGGAUAGGACGGCUUGGGGGCGGGACCGGGCAAGGAAAAGCCACGUUUAUCAAAUAAAGCUUCCCUGGCCACAC